GGGCUUGUAAUUGUUGCAUCUUACAGUUAAAUCCGAGGCAGGGAAUUGACUUCAAAAUAGGAAUAAAAGAAAAUGGCUAUGUACAUCCGUGUGAAGCGUAGCAAGACAACAUACUUUAUCCAAUGUGAUCCUACUGAGACUACCCUAGACAUUAAGCAAAAGUUGCAUACCCUCAUUGAUCAACCUGUUAAUGAUCAGCGUUUGAUCCUAAUGAAUACUGGGGAAAUAUUAGAGGAUUCAAAAUCUUUGGCAGAUCAGAAGGUUGAAAAUGAUGCUGUUGUGGCACUGACCUUGAGAAAAGAUGACAAUGAGUUUGAGGAUGUCAACAUUGUAAAACCGAACGAUUUCUACCCAUCUCGUGAUGCAGACAACGGGAAUUGGUGAAACCACAAAUGAAUGUGAAAAGAAGUUAAAGCUGAUACACAGAACUGAGACUCGGCAAUGCAGACAGUAAUUUCUACCCAUAUCGUAAGUCGUGAUGUUUUCAUCGUUCCAUGGUCAUUAUGCAUUGGAACAAGUUUAACAGAGUAAUUUCAUGCAUCAACUCUCAAAAUUAACUAUAAAGAUAACAAGUUUUCUGGGAAA